AUGCUGGCCCGGAUCAGGGCAGCCAACGAGAAGAUCGGGCGCAAGUACAUCGCGCUCACGUUCGAAGAGUUGUCAAAAAAAGUCAAUGCCCUUGACACGAAGAAGAUCCCGCAGCUCAAGGCGAAAGUGCUCGACGCUGAAACGGAAUUUCAGCGCGUGGCAACGUCUAUUGGGAGACGGCUGGCCGUGGAGAACGAAGGCCGUCAGAACACGGAUCGCACGACGAAGUACGGGCAACUUUUCGGCUUGCUCGACGAGUUCGCCAUCCAGCCGAGGAUAUUAAACGCCUCGGAACUAUGCUGUGGAGGGCCCAAACCAUCGCCAAACCGCGGUGCCGCAACUGCUCACUGCUGGACC